GCUGUUGCGUUCUCUUUUGUCCCUGUAUCGCCAUUGGCCGAAUCGCUGAGAUUGUUGACCAGGGAGGCACUGGUUCCUGCCAGGCGUGUUGCUGCUGGUACUGGAUCCAAGCUUUCACUCUCAGUACCCUUGGGUGCCUCUAUUCCAAGGGUUUCCGUACGAAGUUGAGGAGGAGGUACGGCCUGCCAGCAUCGCCGUGCGGAGACUGUUUAAUGCACUGGUGCUGCCCCUGCUGCGCCAUCUCCCAGGAAUACCGCGAGCUGAAGAACCGCGGCUGGGACCCGUCACUCG